AGUUGGUCCGUCUGUUUACCUUGUGUCAGGUCGGAUCUCAGAGUCUUUCACGCAACUGUUCUUCACAUUCAUGUCUUUGCAUGUGAGUGUAUGCUGGCCAGAGGUGACGGUGUUUCCUGUGAACUGACAAGGAGUUCGUCAUCUCUCUUUGUAAAUUUCUCACUUCUCUUCGUAAGCCGCAUGAACGCAGCUCUGUCUGGAGAACAGUACAAAGGGGGGUUUGUCUACGAUGGAAGCUACGGCCAAGUUUGACUUUGAAGCUAAUGCGGAGGAUGACCUGAGCUUCAAAAGAGGAGACUGCUUGAAAAUUCUGCAAACUUCUGGGAACUGGUACAGAGCAGAGCACAACGGAGCUAUGGGUUUUGUCCCAAAAAACUAUAUCGACAUUCACAUCCCCAGCUGGUAUCAGGAAAACACCAGUCGCAGUGAUGCCCAGGAGAUACUGAUGUCACAGCCCGUGGGGGCUUUUCUCAUACGAAGCAGCCAAAAACCAGCUCCAGGCGACUUCUCCAUCUCUGUCAGACAUCCAGCAGAUGUUCAGCACUUCAGGGUGAUGCGUGACAGCAGGGGGCAGUACUACCUGUGGUCAGAAAAGUUUCCCUCACUCAACCAGCUGGUGGAAUACUAUAAAAAAAAAUCCAUCUCCAAACAGAGUCUACUAUUGCUGAAAGAGACACAAAAAGAGGAAAGAGGAGACUCAGAUAAGCUUCUACCUCCUCUUCCUAUUUUUCCACGUUCUGACCGCGCGCCUUCUCCAGCACCACGACAGCGCAAAACCUCCCACACAACACAGGUCAGAGCCCUGUACGACUUCAAGGCAGAAGAGGCGGACGAGCUGGAGUUCAGUGCAGGGGAUAUCAUUGAGGUUUUGGAGGUGUCUGACCAGACUUGGUGGAAAGGUCAGCUAAGGGGCAAAAAAGGCCUUUUCCCCUCCAACUACACCAAACCCAUCUGAAAGGACCGCCCACAGGCAAAUAUCUGUAAAACUACUGCAACUUUUUAGUCAAACAUCUAAUGCUGAUUUUGUUUGUGUUUGUGAGAUUAAAUUUCAAACUUAGAGCAACUAAAAACUGCUAGCAGGAAAAGGCUCACCAAUACAACAAGCAUGUGAGAUUUUAAUUUUCAUCAUGUCAAGGAUAGCGUUCAUGUUUGUCAUUGACAAGACAUAAAAAGCCCAAGUCAAGAUAAAAACAUGUUUUUUUUUUGUUUGUUUGUUUUUAAUGGAAAAGUAUUUCAUGUAUCGAUCUGUCCUUCCCAGUGGUGAUGUCUAAUUCAGUGCUAUUUGGUAAAGUAUUUAAGUUUCAAUUGUAAGGUGCCUAAUGCUAUUAUUUCAGAGAGAAAUCAUUCCAUUUACAAAUGCAUUUUACGCAUGAUCAGUGUCGCCGCAUGAAUGCUACUCUGUAAACUUUUUUGUCAGUCUUAUGAUUAAGUUUGUUGUAAUUUUUUGAUCACAUCAUGGUGUUGGAUUCCUAACAAGGGCCAUGUUUUAGUACUGUAUGAACUUUUGAAGUUGUUGCUGAUUGCUCAGACUCCACACAACAAAAAGGUAUUGUGCAGACAUAUUAUAAGUAAACCAUUCAGAGUCAUAUGUGUGUCCAUGUCUGAAAGGUAAUAAAAGCAUUUUAGGACACUC